AUGGAGGGCCCAGCGACGGUGGAUAGAAUCAGCUCCUUAUCAAACAAGUUACUCUGUCGCAUUCUAUCUCUUCUUCCGAUCAAACAAGCUUUCACCACCACCGUCCUUUCAACCCGCUGGACCCCACUAUGCUACUCCCUCACCACUCUCCGUUUUGACGACGAACCUGUCAAAAACUACAAAGAGUUCCAUCGCUUCUGUCGUUUCAUCGACACACUCAUGCUCUCUCCUCAAGUAUCACACCAAUCCCUCAAAACGUUUUACCUCAAGUGUUGUUUUGGAAUUUACGAAGCUGAUCUUCGAAGCUUCGACGCAUGGGUUGAAGCUGCUAAACGACGCAGCGUUGAGGAAUUUCAUCUUAUCAUGAAUGAGCACACUUUGAAUCCCGCAAUUUUCACCUCUCAAACCCUAGUUGUUUUGAAACUUGAAAAGGUUCAAGUUGAAGCGGAAACUCUGUGUGUUGAUCUUCCGUUGCUUAAAACGCUGCAUUUGAAAUAUGUUUGUUUUAAGUAUCAGAAUGAUAUCAAAAAGCUACUUAAUUCUUGUCCUAAUUUAGAAGAUUUGCAUACUUCUUAUCCUAGAUAUAUGAGACGCGAAGAGAAUAAUGAAGGAGAAGAAUUUGAAUCAUUGUUCUUGUCUAAAUUGGUUAGAGCUGACGUUGGUUCAAUCGAUGUUCCGUUUAAUGCAAUUCAUAAUGUUGAAUUUCUACGUGUUGUUAGGAUACAAGAGGCUUCUUUGCAGAUGAAUAUUGAUGAGAUUUUCAAAGGCAUUCCGUUGUUUCAAAACUUAAUUCAUAUUGAACUAUGGUGUAUUGGUUUUUUUUAUGGUUGGGAUGGUGUAGUAGAAUUGUUUCAGAAUUGUCCCAAGCUUCAAAUUGUUUUCAUUAGAAAGUGGAACGCCAGCUUAUCCAAGGAUUGGGAUUGCCCAAUUUUGGGUAUUGAAUGUGUUGAGUCUCACCUCAGGUCAUGUACUAUUUUAAAUUUUGAAGGCUCGGAAAAUGAUCUCCGAUUUGCAAAGUAUAUUCUGCAGAAUGCGAGACUUUUACAAGAAAUGACAAUUGAGGUUACUACUAGCUCCUCAAAUGAAAUGCAAAAGCAUGAAAUAAUAGAAGAACUAUCCAGUUGUCCAAAGAUGUCUCAAGGAUGUAAACUUACAUUUUGA